AUGAGCAAAACUGUCCCAGGAACUUCUGCUCCAGUGGAAUUGCCUGCAACAUCUUCAGAUACGAUCCAAAAGCUGAAAGCCGAAGAAUACCGCAAAGUUCCGGUUCCCGCACACAGAUAUUCACCGCUGAAGGCUAACUGGAUGAAAAUCUACACGCCAAUCGUCGAUCACUUGAAGCUGCAAAUUCGCUUCAACCUUAGAACGCGGAACGUUGAAAUAAGGGUUAGGCCCAGUUCUCUUACAGAAGAUAUCGGCAAUCUGCAGAAGGCAGCCGAUUUCGUUAGAGCAUUUGUGCUUGGCUUCAACGUCGAUGACGCAUUGGCUUUGGUUCGACUGGACGACUUGUUCAUCGAAUCCUUCGAAAUCUGUGAUGUAAAGCCCUUAAAAGGGGAUCACUUAUCGAGGGCGAUCGGGCGAAUUGCUGGAAAAGACGGCCGAACGAAGUUCACCAUCGAAAAUGUGACCAAAACGCGUAUUGUUUUGGCAGACAGUAAAAUUCAUAUUCUGGGCUCGUAUCAGAACACUAGAAUUGCUCGCAACGCUGUGUGCAGUUUGAUCUUAGAAUUGGCGUGCGUGUACGCGGCAAUGAUUCUUUACGACGAUGACAUCGCGAUUACGGGCGAAAAAAUCGCCAGCAUCCUCAAGGCUGCUCAUGUUAAUAUCGAUCCUUAUUGGCCGGGCCUUUUUGCCAAAGCUGUUGAAGGGGACCUUAUUUUCCACCUUAGUAGUGCGACGGGAUCGGCCCCUGUUGCCACCACCACCAGUCCCGGCGGAGCAAAAGCAGAAACCGCGAAAACUGCAGCUGAAGCACCGAAGAAAGAGGAAAAGAAGGAAGAAAAGGUAGAGGAAGAGUCUGAUGAAGAUAUGGGACUUGAUCUGUUCGCUUGA